CGUUCUUUAUGGUGGACCAAAGUUCAAAUACGAGGCAUAGAUUUGCAGAGUCGAAAAAACGGCCGGCGACUCGAUUUUUGUAUGGGCUUGCCAUAUCGUAUCUGCUGCUCACCUCAAUUCUCAAUUCGCCUCCUUCCACGUACGACAGCUCCGUUGUGUGCUGUCCUGCGUGACUGAGUCUAAAGCCUCUUGGCCCGUGCCUUCUGCCUGCUCGCCCCAUGCCCAGUCCGCCCUCGCGCUGCUCUUACGAACGCCCCCCAUUGAACCCGAAACAGCAACAGCAGCGCGAACAGCAACCGCCAGAUGACCAGCAAAACGCUGAGGCACCAGCAAGAACCAGAGCCACCGCAGCGGUUUUUGCCAUGCGCAAGCAGUGGGAGGCUAAGGCUGCUUCCUUCCAGCGUGGACUCGAGCAUGUGCAGUACUGCCACGCCGGCGACGCGUGCGGCAGCUCGCUCUGCCACUCCACACGUCGGUUAAUGAAGACCUACGCGACGCACCCGUGCCCGAAGAAGAGCAACGAUAAUAAUAAUAACGGUGGCAACAAUGCGGACUGCCGCGUGUGCAAGCUCUGGGAGUUCCUAAUGGCCAACAAGCAGCCGCUGCCCAGGCUACAGCGCGCAUUAGUGCAGCAGGGAGGACUCAGCUGUGGCUCGGCGCUGAUUCAAUCGCGUCGACUAUCGCGUCCCAGCGUCCUAAACCGCCGGAUCGCCACUGCGCAAAAGGAAGCGCAGCACAUGAUCCGCCGCUUCUAAGUUGAUCCACCGACAAGUAAGAAAACAAGAGAACGGAGAGAAAUGGAUACUCAACUUCUCGUCAUUUUUGGCUGCUACAAGGCGGCGUGGGGUCUCUAUAGGCUGCCGCGUUUCCUGUAGUGAGAAGGGUAGAUAGAGAGAUCUCAGGGAUUAAGCCGCACCACACGCGGUCAACAAAUGGAUCUUUCAGAGUCUUACAAUCCAAGCUCCUUGAAUCUAUAGAGGUCACCAGGCAUCAGUUAUAGGGUAGUUUAGUUAGGGUAGCAUAGUAAAUCAUAAGCAAAAUGCAGUGGCCUCAAAGAAUCGUACCUCUUCUGCUGCUG